AUGCCACCUGCGGUACGGAUUCGUCCCUACAAGGACUUUUUAACUCCAGCUUUACAUAGAAGAUUUGCGCUGGCAACAGCUGUACUUGCAGCAGUAUGCUACGUUGAAGCGGUAUGGAUUGGGGAAUGGAAGUCAUUCCUUUGGUCAUGGUUUCCUUUGGGUAGGGCUGGCAUACGAACCGGUCUCUUCUUUCUAUGCGGAUUCAUGAUAUUCAUCCUUCGGGUGGCCCAAUUACACGUUGGAAUUCGAACCUCAAACUCAAGCUUCCACACAUUCACACAGUAUGCGCCCAAAUUUCAGACGGUUCAGACAGCUCUUUGGUAUCUCUUUUCGGCAUGGUUUUUCAGCGAGGUAUACAUAUGGUCUGUUCCUGAGAGCACAGGUCUCAAUCGCAUCAAGCUUGCAGCAAAAACCAGUCGGCCAAUAUUGAAUGAGAAACCCAUCUAUUUAACAAUGUUCCUCUUACUUAAUGCUAUUGUACAAGCCGGAUUUCACCUUUGGUACGACUAUGAUCGCAUCGAUAUUCCACUUACGAAGACUGGACCAGAAGUUUCGUCUGAACAACCUUCGCAUACAACCGUCCUGCCAAUAACACAAUUGAAAGCGAAAGCACUACCUUUAGCUAUAAGCUGUCUCAAGCGCGUUGCUGUGAUGGCGGUGGUAUCUCCGUUUAUCUAUUCUGUCGAUAUUAGCCUGCCCAUCCCUUUUAUUCUACCGGUUUUCACGUUCAAUAUUAGAGAGAGCGUGUGGGGCUUUACCCGUUCAUUUGCAAAGAUAUUCUGGAAUCUACCAAAAGCUGCAACUCCUCCGAAUGAGUUGCCUUUCCACUGGACGAUGGUACUUAGGACGAUCAUUGCCGGGCUCAUGCUUACCUUAUUGUGGGAAUUUGGGAAUCUCGCGUUCUCGAUUUAUGUGGCGCAAGCACCUUUGAAGAACGACCGACCAAUUACUUAUGAAUCUCGAGAUCCAAAUGGAAGUUUAUUAACCGGCUUAAAGGGCAAGAAGCUGCAAACAAGAGCUUUCGCAUUUUGGGAACUCGUAGAAAUUGCACAACGAUACCAGGGAAGGCGAAAGGCCAUUUUCGAAGACAUUGAUCGUGUUGGCGGUUCAGCUUGGUCUCAAAUCCUUGCAGCAUGCCUUGAGACAAUCGACGGAAUCAUUCAGCGUAUCGAAGAAUAUGAUCCUAAAAAACAACCACCUGUCAUCAACAUCUAUGAGGAGCAGGAACCUCUAGAGCCAGUAUCGACACUGCCUCGGUUACUGACUGCACCCCUAAAGGAUGAACCAAAAGGGGGUCUUGUGGAGAAGCCACAACCAGUAGAGACUAGAAGCAGGCGUUAUUUAGAAGCGAUUGGCUCAUUUGCAAAGAGUCAGGGAGAAUUAUCACCACCUGAUAAAUUAUCUCGUAGCCGCCAGUUGAAGGCCGAUAAAAAAAGAGCAGCAAUCCAAGCCGCAUUACCAACACAAUCCCAACAGCCCGAAGGACUCCAAAACCUAUUACGUGAGCAGGCGAUCAAGAUCCUCAAGACGCCCCUUGGAAGAUCGUUUAGACAGGAAUACCGAAAAGAGAUUGCAAGUGUGGUAUUAGGAAUGCCUCAUGGCGAUAUAGGUAUCAUAAUUGAUGCUAUCGAUUCGAUAACUAGAUUUGCUAUGUGUAGUCUUGUCGAGGACAAAUAUGGGAAGGUCCAGAAGGAUAUCAAGGACAUCGUGGAGACGUAUACCAAGACGAUCGUCAAAGUACAGAAAUUUAGGACCAAACUAGGGGCCCAUUGGACUGACGUAGAAGGAAGACAAGAGAGCCCUGAAGUUGAUUUGCUGCUCGCGGUCCUGAAAAGCGGACUUCGAGAGCUCGUUGAGGGAUUUGGGGAUUAUAGUGUAGAGUUAAAAAUAAACCCAACUGGGUUAAGGGCAGCAAGAGAAGCUAUGAAUAUGGCACCUCCAAGACAGGAGGACAUGGAGCAAAGGCGUCGUUGA